AUGAUUUCUCCAGAACCUGCUGUAGUAAAUAAGAAAGUUAAUGAAGGCAAUAAAAAAUCACCUUUGAAAGUUGUUAGCCCUAUAUUGAAAAAAUAUACGGGACACAGACAGGGAAAAAUAAAAAAUAAAUUAAAAUUUCCUCGAAUACUUCACGGUGGACGUUCUAAGCAAAAAAAACAAGUUAAACCACAAUUAAAGACUAUUUUACCCAAAACUGAUUCUGGAAAUGUUAUAAUUAUAGAGCCUGAAUUAUUGCCUUGUGCAUUAAAUCUUUUGAAAAGAAAAAAAAAAGAUGAAGUAGAUAAUACAAAUGAUGUUUCAAAUGAACAAAUGACUGAUAAUGAAUCAAAAUUAAUAGAUAAUUCUUUAUUAAAAGAUAAUAAUAAUAAAAUAAGCAAGCCUAAAUUAUUAUCUAGCAAUAAAAAAAAAUUGAAAUGUUUAAGAAGCCUAGAAUUAUUGGAAACGGAUACGUUUGCUUUCAAAGAAAAAAGGGAAGAAGCUUUUGCCAAAAAUUAUCUUCUUAAAGUUCAGCAAAGGUUAAUGGAGAAUGAUGAAAAUCUGUAUAAUCAAUUUAUUGAUCUUUUAUGUAAUUUUCAAAAAAAUGGACUGACAGUCUGCGAAUUAUUUAAUAAAAUUAAAUCAAUAUUUUCGAUUCACAAAGAUUUAAUUGAAGAUUUUGUCGCUUUUCUAACUCCAGAGCAAGCGGUUGAAUGUGGUGUUUUUAUGGAACAUUUACUCCUAACGACAAUGUCUGAUUUUUUAAAUUUAAUUGAUAUUUAUUUUGCAAAAUCUCCUCAUCAAAUAAAAAAAAUACAUUCAACACUUGAAUCAUUAGCGACAAAAUCUAACAUAAGUACUGAGACUGUGAUAAAUUCAGUGAUACCUUUGUUAAAAGGAAAUUCAGUAUUAAGAGACUAUUUUUUACACAUGUUGCCAAGUAUGAAACCUCCUGAUAAUUUUUGUUUCGAUUAUGAAAAAAUUGAAUAUCCUGAAUUGAAUAGUGAUAAUUCGGAUGAUGAAGAAAUAAUGGAAACAAUUCAUCUUCCCGAAGUUGAAGAUCUCUAUGGUGGGGAUUCUUGUCCUUGUGAAUGUCAUGUAAAUAAAUUCAAAGAGCUAGAACAACAUUGCGUUUCUUGUUCCUUAAAGUACAUUAACGGUAAAGUAUUUUUACAAAAUGGAAAAUUACUUCGUUCAGCAAAAAUAGUUUUUUACGAUUACGAUGUGAAUUAUCAUAAAGAAAGAUUAACUCCAAAGUUGUAUCCGAAAAGAGGAAAGAAAAAACAUAGGCUGUCUGCUUUUAAAGAUGGAUUAUCACCCACGAAAUCCUGCAAUUUAAGUUCGGAUGAAUUUAAAUCGGACGUCGAAGAAGAUGAUAAAUUAAAAACAAAAUAUUUAAAUUCAAAAUCACCCAAAUUUAAUAGGAAAAAAAGCGUGUCUCCGAAACAUUGCGAUAAAUAUAUUUCAAGGUGUAUCGUUAAUGAAUGUAAAUCAAAAAUUAUUAAUUUAGAAGACAAAUCAAAUUUUAGUAAAAACUUAGACUCGUUAGUUGUUAAAAACGAAUUCAAAAUGUCGUCGGACGAAUCGUCUGCUGCUGGGUCAAGUUCAAAUUUUCAAGAAAAUGAAAAUUUAAUUAAAUCAAAAGGAAUUAAUUGUAGUGCAUCGAACGGAGUCGAAAUACAACCGGAAACGAUAAAAAAAAAAUUAUAUGAUUCUUUUUUUACCGAACUCGAAGAUUCGAGACUCGAAAGAAAUAUAUCGACGUCACAGGAUACGGAAAGAAGUCGAUCACCUCCCGUGCUAUCAAUACCGGAAACGAGUAAUUCAUCAUCAUUUGCUGAUUCUAAACCCCUUUUACUUUUACUUGAAAAUAAUUCGAACGAAAGUAAAAAUUGUGCUGAUAUUAUCGAAAGUAAAGUCGUUAAUGGUGAAAAAAAAUAA